AUGAGUUUCAAUGGAACAUCAGGCCCUGCUGGCUUUGGCAUUACCAUGGCACUCUCACCUGGUAGUACCCCCUCAAUUGCUGCAGCCUAUUCAGGCGAUAAUGCUGCUACUGCUGCUAGUGGUGCAAACAAGCCACGACCUGUAUCAGAUUUGACAGAGGAAGAAGUACUACAAUACAUCGUUGACAAUGUAAACAAGGUGCUCUCUCGACACUACUCACUUGUGGAUUUUGACGCCAUUCAGGGAGUUCCACUGUUGCAAAUUGUUAACGAUAUAUUUGGCACACUUUCUCCUGCGCAGCAAAUGGACCUUGAGGAAGUGCCACUUGAAGAGGCAGUCUCACGUAUGAUUGAGUUCCUCACAAAGACACUCGGCUACCGUGUACCGCCGCUUCUCUCAGAAAGUUUUCCCACUGGUUUUGCAAAUGCUCAAACCACUGUUAUUUAUCCAACAUUAUACUGGGUACUUUCAAACAUGGCACAGAACGAAAAACGUGUCUAUCUAUCGCGUUUUCUUCAACGACUUGAUGUACCAGAGGCUAUGCGGGCACAGGAUGAAGAUGUACGUGCCCUCUACCAGCAAUAUGAAAACCUCCGCUCAAUGUUUGUACAGACACACCGCCGUGUUGACGCACUUCGCCAAGCACACGCGGAUCCUGCUGAGGCACGCCGAAAGGUCGCUGCACUUGAAGAAGAGCGGGAUCGUUUAAAAGGAUACAUUCAGGGCGCGGAGAAAAAACUCAGUGGGGUACCAGAUAAGGAGGCACUCGUCAACGCGAGCAAAGCUCUACGCGCAGCACUUGAAGAAGAAUCAAAACUUUCGGAGAAGCGAGUGGAACUACAUCAAACACUCAUUUCAGCUCAACAACGAAGUACAGAGACGCAUAAUCGGUUGCAAAACCUUCGUCGUGAUGCUGCUGAUGGUCGAGUAAAUGUUAUUGCACGUCGUUUACGAGAUGAAAUUCAAACAAAUAAGAUUAUUCUUGAGGAACAAUUGCCAAAAGAGAUUGAACGAAAAAAAUGUGAGAAUGAAGAACUAAAUCGUCUUAUUUCUGAACCUCUAGAUAUGCAAGCACUUUCGACAGAAAAUCAAAAACUUGAUGAUGCAUUAAGAACACUUCAACAACAAGUAAAAGAAAGACAAAAACCUGGUGAAGAUGGAAGUACAAUUACUACAAUCAAACAACAGGUGCAACUUGUAACGAAGCGUAAAGAGGAAGUAUUGGAACAAUUAACAAGCCUUCAGGCUGAUAACAGUCGAGCACUCAAUGAGAUACGUGAUAAGGAGAAUCGCAUCAGUCAACUUCGUGAGGCGCACCAAAUGUUAAAAGGUGAUGAAUUCCGAGCCUUUUCCAAUCAAGUACUGGCAAAGAAAACAGCAAGCGAAGGAAUGCGAGUAGCUCUUUCGGAAAUGCGUGUAGAAUGGGGAGUACUUACAUUUACAGAAAAUGUUCUUAAAGGUCAGUUUGAUGCCCUUGAUGCAGAGAUUGGAGACUUAGAAGGAAAACUCGGAUUACAGGGAUACAGUCGUACUUUAGAAGCUCUGAGUAAACUAACUCGCGAAAAGGAUACUAUCGAAGAAUUAAAGGGAAAAACACUUGAAGAACUUUCACGAGUUGUACAAGAUUUUACUAUGGCAAUCCGUGAACGCCGUACAAAACUUGCCCCUCUUAUUAAUGAACUUCGUACGGUGCGGCAAACAGCGUCAGAAGUUGACCAAGAAUGGCUCGAAAAAAAAUCACAGUACGAGUAUCAAGAAGGUGUACUUAUGGAAGAUAUAUCAAAAAUGGAGCGUGAAGUACAGGUACUUCGGGAUGAAACUAAUGUGAAUGAAUCUAUCUACCAUCGCUUACAGGCACAACAGGUUCUUCUUACUGCUCAGUUGGAUCGACUGGAGGGUGAACGGGAGUAUGAAGAAAUUACUCGUAGCGGUACAGAUAGUCCAACAACUGGUGAACGUGCUCAGGCGGCUACAGGAGCAAGUUUUUCUUGUACGUACUGUGGCAAGACAUGCCCAUCAAGGGGUUGGUUGUUGGUUCAUUUAAGCAAAGAACACGGUGUUAAUCCCAUAGCAGAAAAAGGGUUUGAACACGCCAUUGAAGAUUUACAAGUGCGUUUGCGGGAUCUACAACAACGACAGCGAGAUAUUCAGGAAAAUUAUGAAGGAAAUGUGAUGCAGGUAGAAUGGUUUAACAACCUGAAACGAGUGUUGGAGGCGAAACUGCACGCUAUUCACACCGAGGAGCCGCGGGGUCCUAAUGCCCUUGAUAAUGACAUACAACAGGUAAUGGGAAGCGCCGGAGCGGGCGGUACCGGUGUAGACAUGUUGGUACUCACUGGAAAUUAG